AAAAUAUAGAAGAAAUAACGGGUUUUUAUUGGGGGACUACUUUUGUUCGGGAUGAUUUCCUAUGGAAGUCCUUAGGUCUGUCAUUUAAUCUGACGUGUCUUUGAUUCUAGGAUAUCUCAUGAAAAGAUGACAGAACAAAAAGAUUUAUCAAACAAUCCAUUUGCAGCUUUGCUGACAGGUGGAGAUGUGCCCUAUAGCUUCCAGUCUUCUAAGGAAGAACAGGAAACACCUGAAUCACAACCAGUUAUAGCAGUAGAAAUGAAAGCUGAAGACUGGAAAUCUGUGGCAGAAUAUAAACUAGAAAUCAACAAUCUCAUAGAAACCAUUUUUCUACUAACACUUGAAAAAGACCCUGAAGCCUAUAUAGAAAGACCUUCUAGAUGUGUUUUUAUGACAGAUUUAGCACAAACUUUAGAAGGACAAACAUGGUUGGAUAUGGACUGUUUAGAACAAGCUGUAUUUGAGAGAUUACUAAUGAAAGAGCCAGGAUUAUAUAUAGUAACACUAACAUCAGCUAAAACAGAAGAUGCUGAGUCAGCAAGAAUAGCUGGAGAAUCACAAGUUCUUCAUUAUCUGUAUCAGUGUUAUGUUAGAGUAAAGAACAUGGAAAGUCAAAAUAGGAUGCCAAAGAUGAAAGCAGAAAUGAACAAAUGUAAGGCAGUGAUUGUUAUGAAUGCUAAGACCUGUCUACAACAACCAGAUUUAUAUGAACAGAACUUGUCCAAACAGUUUGUUGAUAUUUAUCAGUCAGAGGACAGUUUCUUAUCAUCAUAUAGUCAUGUGAUUAUGGUAGAAUUUUGUGAUCGUGUUGUGGAAGAGAUAGAUAAAAGUAAAGAGGAUGGAUCUUUGAAUGAUGUAUUCAAACCAGUUCUAGAAUCACUAAAGAACAAUAUGAUGAAAGAUAGUACCUUGAUGAACCCAAAUGUUCUCAGAAAUAUAGAUUUUAUGGUAUUUUUUACAAGACAUCCAGAAAUGUCUAAGGUACUGCUGGAUCACAGUGCACCAAGAGAUUGGAACAAAGGAAAGACCUAUGAACAGACUUUACUAGGCUCAUUAUUCUGCUUUAGUUCUAUUCCAAGGUCAGAACUUGGUCCAUGUGAAUUUUUCUCAGAUCCAGCAUCGAAAUCACAAAGAGAUAUUGAUGCUAUGGAGAACAAUAUUCAUCAGCCUUUGACAAGAAUUGGAGAUAAAGUUCAUACCUUCUUCCUAAGUUUGAUCAAAUCAUCUUCUCAGGCAAAACAUGGUACACUACUGUGGCUAGGUAGAUGUAUAUCUGCUAACUCAGGUAAAUCUAAGAUUUGGUCAGCUCAGAUGCCUCAGUUAUUCAAUCAGAUGUAUGCAUAUGAUGGAUUCUGUUUAAAUUUAUGUUAUUUAAUGUUAAAACUUUCUGUGCCUUUCUCUGAACCACAAUGUGACAAACUUCUUAAAGUACAACCCACCUAUUGUUCCGUGGACAUUAAUAAUGACAACGACAAGAGCCAACAGAGAAAUAUACAUGCUUUUGGGUUGAAUAAAGAAACAUGUUUGAUACCGAUGCCAGAAAAUGAACAGUUGGAACCUUUAGAGUCUUACAAUUUUAUAUCAGAGUGUUUUUUCUUGACUCAUCAAUGUUUAAACAUGGGAUUCAAACCUUUGAAUGAAAAGUUUGUAAAACUAAAUCAAAGUUUAGGAAGAAUACAACGUUUAUAUCAGGAUGCUACAAACCAGGGAGGCAACGAUUCAAUGGAACCAGUCAGACAGCUUAAAAGUAAAAUGGAAGAAGGAAUGACUAUUUAUUUAAGUAUUAGGGCAGCUGUAACAGAACCCAAAUUUUUAGAAAUGUCUUUGAACUUUCACAUAUCAACUGCAACAUGGAUGUGUCUUGUUGCUGUGAAGGACAACCCACAAUGCUUCAGUGAUAUCACACUUCCUCUUCCUGAUGAAGCACCAAAAUGUCUAGCAUGCAUUCCAGAGUUUAUUAUGGGAAAUAUUACAGACUUUACACAAUUUUUGCAUAGAUUUAAAGAUCAAGUCUUUGAGUUUGUUGGUGAGAAACUAAGCCAUUUUAUGACAUUGAUAUUGGUUUAUAUGGGUAAUCCUGAUCGUAUGAAGAACCCACAUUUGAGAGCAGAAUUAGCAGAAACUUUAGCUAUGUUAUUACCUAGUGACCAAACACAAAACAGAGCGCUAAUGUCAAGGUAUUAUAAAGGACAGUUAUUUGUACAGCAUCCAUUAAUUGACCAUUUAGCAGAAAAGUUACUACAUGUAUUUGUUAGUAUAGAGAUGACAGGCCAAAGUGUACAGUUUGAACAGAAAUUCAAUUACAGAAGACCUAUGUACCAAGUACUAGAGCAUAUAUGGGAAAUAGAAUCACAUAGAAAUGCCAUUAAGAGUUUAUCUCGAUUUGCAGAAGAGAAUAUAGAAGCUACAGAUGCUCCAUUGUUCCUGAGGUUUAUAAAUCUCCUCAUUAACGAUGCUAUCUUCCUGUUAGACGAGGCAUUAGAUUACAUGAGUCAAAUCAAAGAUAAAGAACAAGCCAAAGAACAAGGUGAAUGGACCAACAUGACACCAGAACAACGACAGGAAGCUGAAAUGAGUCUACGACAACUCAGUAUGAUAGCUCGUUAUCACAAUGUGAUGGGAAAUCAUACUAUACAUAUGUUAGAACUAUUGACUAGAGAGAUUAAAUCAAUAUUUUGUCAUAAUUCCAUGGUUGACCGAAUCUCAGGAAUGUUAAAUUAUUUCUUGGUCAAUUUAGUUGGACCAAAACAGAGGAAUUUCAAAGUAAAAGAUAAAGAUGAAUAUGAGUUUAAACCUCAAGAGACAGUAUCUGACAUAUCCCAGAUUUAUCUGAACUUAGAGGAGGAUGUUAACUUUUGUAUUGCUGUUGUAAAUGAUGGAAGAUCUUACUCUGAUGAUCUCUUUCCUAAAGCUAUUAAUGUUCUCAAGAAAAUACAUAAACCUGCUUCAAUGUUAGAAAAUAUGGAGAAUCUUCAUUUAAAAAAUCAGAAACUAAGAGUACAACAGAAAGCAGAUGAAGAACUUUUUGCUGAUCCUCCAGAAGAAUUCUUAGAUGAAAUCAUGGGAACAUUAAUGAAAGAUCCUGUGAUAUUACCUUCUUCUGGGAAUAUAGUGGAUAGAUCAACCAUAGCCAGACAUUUACUCAGCGAUCAGAAUGACCCAUUCAACAGGGAGGCAUUAUCAUUAGAUAUGGUUAUACCACAUGCUGAACUCCAGGAGAAGAUAGAAGCCUGGAAAGAAGAACAUCGAAAUAAAAGUUGAUAAAGUUGAUGAAUAGAACUAUUAAAGAGACAAAUAAGUUGAAUUCCAGAAUAUUGAAUCGUAUAGCACUGUCUACAAGAAUAUGAAACCAUAUAUUUUCUGUGAUAGAAACCUUUAUUAAACUUGUGUUUAUCAUAACUGUAUGUUUGUGCAAUAAGAAGUGAA